UUCAUUACAUGUAAGUGUUUUCUUAAUAACUAACUGAAUGCAUAUAUUCAAUUACCAAUAUAGAACACCAUUAUGGCACAUGCUCUCUUGGGAUCAACAUGUCAGUGAUACCAAGUCUGAAUACCAGGACCUGGUCGUCUGUCAUGUUUAGAUGCCAGGUAAGAGACAAUUGGUUAAGCUGAGAUGCUGACACACCUACGUGGAAUCGUGACCAGUCGUGACGCAGUGAAACAUGUACCCUGUCAAUCUGGUUGAUAUCCAGGUGUUUGAAUAUAACAGCCAUAGCUUGUCAAGCAGGGCACUAAAUUUACUGGGAACUGAUGGUGACGUUCAUACUAGAGGCGGGUGUUUGAUGGAUUGACAAACAUCAACGUUUGACGCUGCUAUAAGGUAGCGUCUUGAACAGUGAUGAACACCACAUCUAACCUGUCCACUGGGGCACCACCACAGGAUACGCUGGAUGCUGAAAGGUCACCACGCUGGUUGACUGUGAGCGUUCUGGCAGUCAGUGGUAUUACCAUCCUUAUCAACAUACCCGCUGCUACAUUUGUUAUAUACGCCAAACACAAAUUCCCACAGUUCCGGUGCAUCCAUCUCCUGUCGUUGAGUUUCACAGAUAUACUUGUUGGUAUCUCGCUUGUUCCUAUUCUAUGGACUUACGUUUUCCCCGAUGACAAAAUCACCUACUGGGGUUGUAAUGGGAUAUUCCUGUUCUUCGCCUUUGCUCACUGCAAUUCGAAGACACAGGUGGCUGUGAUAUGUUUUGACAGACUAUUGUUACUCAUCAGACCAGACUGGAAAUACGUGGGCAAUUAUCACAGACGGAUGCUGACCAUCAACAUCGCCACUCUGUUCGUCAUCUGUGGUUUAAUGAAUGUGCCGUUUUGGCUAUUCGCUAAACCACGUAAUAACGACAUUAAGUGUAAAUUAGACAGUUUAUUUCUUGAUGACAUAUCCGAAUUCUGUCUCUAUUCGGGAAUUGUUGCAUGCGUUGUUCAAGUUUUUAUUAUGGGUGAUUGCGUGGCAAUGAUUGCAAUUCUGCAAAGAAGACGUCGUGCAUUUCGGCAAGUAGAGCCCCUACCGGAUCCGGACAGUGUAUCGUCAGUGGACAAAGAACAGCGCACAGAACGGCAGCAGAAAGAAGAGGUGAUGAGGCUGGAAACACGAGGCAUAGUCACCAUCGUAAGCAUUGCUGCUGCCUACAGUGUCUGUAUCACACCUCUUAAUUUCGGAUUCCUGGCUCAAGGUCUCAAAAUCAUUUUAGAAGCAAGACGAACCACAAGGCAUCUACUCAUCACUUUCAGCUGUGUGAAUUCGGCAAUUAAUCCUUUUGUGUAUUGUUUCAGGGUUGCACAUGUGAGACGAGCAAUGACAAUUCUGUUGAGGAAAAUCUAACACUUCUCGAAUAUUUCAAAGCAUGAAUAAAACCUGAAUGUUUGUGCUUGGAUUUAUGAGUUGGUAUUGUCAGUAAAACAUCAUAGGAUAUCUAUCUGUUUAUGACACGAUUAUUGGCAGGCAAAAUCAAUGCAGAAUAUCUUUGAAAGAAAAAAAUAUAUACCGCGUAAGUUUUAUAUAGUUAGUAUAACGACUGCUGCACAAAUGUUGAUAGAUAGAAAAUCUAUAUGACUUGCAUAUUGAGUUACAAUUAACGGCUGUAAGAGACCCGGUGUUAGAAAAUCUGAUAGUAUCAAAACUAAAAACACCGGAAGAUGAAUAGACACUGACAGCUUCAUUCUAUCAAAUCUAGUAAGGGUACAUCUAAUUGCUUGAUAUAUCUUCUUUAUUUUUGUUUGCUACGUCGUUGAACUCUAUAAUGAACUACUUUAUGUUUUGUUAUGUAGUAAAUGUGUUACGAAAUAAU